AGAGAGAGAGAGAGAGAGAGAGAGAGAGAGAAUAGAAAAAGAGAGAGAACAGAAACUUUCGUGACAAGAAAAUGUGAUUUCGUCUUUGUUUCGAAACACAUUUUUACCGGAAAAAGAGAACACAAUUUUUCUGCUUCUUUUUUUUUAUAUACAUAUACGUAAAAGACUGAAUGUUUUUUGUUUUUUAUUUUUAUUUUUCACUUUGUUUUGCCUUGCACUUCAAUUGAUGCCGUUCCGACAAAUUUUUGAAAUAACGAAUUUCGUUAGUAGUAAAUAUAGAUGUGUGUAACGCUUGCCGACGGGUACUAUUCGAAAGACCGAAAACGGCAACGAUAAUCAAUAAAUUGCGGGAGAAUCGAGUGGAGUGAAUCAACAUGGCAACGCCUCCUGACAGUCCAAUUGAAGAGGAAGUCGUUCUGUUCGAGUUAGAACCAUCAGCUCGUACACCGAAACCAAUUCCAGUUGCCUUAGAGGAUCUAUGUCGGCUCACAAAAUUCACACGUCAAGAGAUUCGUGUGAUGUACCGCGGAUUCAAAACGGAAUGUCCGGAAGGUAUUGUAUAUGAAGACUGUUUCAAAGAUAUUUAUGCGAAAUUCUUCCCACAUGGAAAUUCAAGUAUUUAUGCACAUUACGUGUUUAAAGCAUUCGACGUGAACAGCAACGGCGCCAUCAGUUUCCGAGAUUUGCUCGUGACAUUGUCAACACUUUUACGUGGUUCGGUAUACGAACGGUUACGUUGGACAUUUAAAUUGUAUGACAUCAACGGUGAUGGGUGCAUUGGACGUAAUGAACUAGGUAAAUUGAUUUAUGCCGUUCAUGAACUGAUGGGACGUCGACCACACCAACCGGAUGAUGAUCGAAAAGCACGCGAACAGGUGGAUCGAAUAUUUCGUAAAUACGAUUUAAAUCAAGACGGUGUUAUAACAUUGGAGGAGUUUUUGGAGGCAUGCCUAAAAGACAGCGUCAUCAUAGAAUCCAUUCAAAUGUUCGACAAAGAUUUUUAGAUAAAUUUUUACUUUUAAACAUGGAAACAAGUAUCUAUCUCACAAUUUCAUUUCGAAAUUGUUUUCGUUGAGAUUGUAUACAACGAGUUAAAAGUUCUUAUGGUUUUCGAUGAGUUAACAUUUGUGAAAUUCUCAAAAUAAUCAACGACAAUGAUUGAGUACACAAUAAUGUACUUAAGUUACCGUAACGUUUUAACUUCUUUGUUUUUUCAUUUGUUCCGUUUGUUUUAAAGCGUUAAAUUAAG